AUGGCCAGUGGAACGAAGAAGCGACGAAAGUCGCAGUCUCCAGCCCGCGGUACCACUUCAAAGCGCGCACGCGUGGCUUCAUCCGGUACCUCGAAUCGCACCCAACACCACGAACAUGAUUCGCACUCGUCGCGCGCCGGAUCCGUCAAGGACACAUACCUGGCGCAGAAGCAGGGCCGGCCAGUAUCACUACCCACUGGAGACGACUGGGUGUUCCGUGUGAAAGUUAUUUCGUCCGCGACCGACCUGGGGAAUGAUCUGUUCAAGAACGCAGUACAAGGGCUGGUAAGGAUCUGUUUCCCCGAGGGUAUCCUCGAUCAACUGGGACCGCAGGUACUGGAGCAGCAUAUGCGCGAAGAGAAGGCACCUGAACGAAACAUCGAGCGGAUGUCAGAAAUCUUCCAAUCCGAGAUGGAGCAGCGCAUGGCCUCCAUGCUUGCUGAGCAUCUAGACACAGCUGCCAAAAUCGACUCGGUUAUGAGAACUGUGUUGUCUGCCAGCGCCAGAGCUCAUGGAGAUAAACUUGGAGAGGACAUCUUGGGUUAUGUCACCGAUAGCCUACUCAAGCUGAAGGCAAAAGCAUCUGAACACUCGACAGAAUGGUUAGCCUCCGGUGAUGCAGCAGCAACAGAAGAAGAAGAGGAGGGCAGUAGUGAUGGAGGGAGCAGCACCAGCGAUAUCUCUGACAAAGAGCCUACGCCACCGCCAAAGGUGAAGAAACUCAAGAAGCGAGAUAGGAAAUCACGACGCGCGCGCUCGAAGACACCGGAUGACAUCCUAGAAGACGUUGAAGUGGAUAACAACGUACCGGCGACACUGCCUAAGCAACACACAUCGAAUAACAAAGACCGAAAGAUCUCUUCUACGUGGCAAUGGCAUGUUGACACGGCAGAGCUCGCGGACGAAGGCGUGGCCGAGGCCUUUCCACGCACGAGCGACCUGUUUGCGUAUCACGCGUUACCGAUUUCUCAACGCAAGCUUGGAUCCAGUGCAUCAAAGAAAGAGAUCAGAUGUGAGAUGCAGUCGCUCCUCGAUGGGAUGCCCAAAGAGGAGUUUGAGAAGUGGGUCGAGAGUUUGCAAAAGCUACUCGAUGGUGAUCGCGAUAUGUUAAAGCGACAAGAGUCACAAUCUUCUGGUCAUAAGCAGCAGUUGAGUCGCGUAACGCCGGCGCCUAUUGAUACACGGAGACAGGCUAGGAAAAUCACGAAGACGCUGUUAGAUGUUCCAGGUCCAUCGAAACCACGCACGGAUAAGGUUCAAAAGUCUCAUGAGAGAACUGUGGUCAAGGACGAAACUACUGACAGCUCAGAUGAGAUAUCAGAUGAACCAAACGAUGAGAAUAUCGCGGAGGCUACAGCUGCACUCCGUCACCCACUGACCAAGGGACGCGACAUCCCCCCACCUGCGCACACACCACAGACAGCUUUGGUACAGAGUAGUAGAGGCCUUACGAGUCGUGGAGAUGUCGAUGGAUCUUUUGGUAUGCCUGUGUUGGCCUUAUUGUGGGGAUCAGACAACUUGACCGUUGAGGAAUGCGUCAAGGACGGGGCAAAGAUCACAUCUACCAUUAUGAAUCAGCUCGAACGCCGUGUCUCUGUCAAGCGCAUUGCUGUCAGCAGCUUCGGUGGUAUAGGCCAGUUUCGCACGCAAGACGAACUGCGUGAGCACAUAAUGCGUGCCUUCCCAGCGCCUGGAGAACCUGUAAGGUUUCUGCGGAUCAAGAAAGGUAUUGAAGGCAACCUAGUCCCCUGGGUCAUUGCAGAGCCAUCCGCGUUUCCGGAGCUGAAAGGCAUGCCGUUUGUCUUUGCUCAUGUACUUCCAUCUCUACCUAUUACCGUCAACCUACUCUUCGGUACCUUUGAUGCCUUAUCACGAUUGAAAGCAUCCGAGUUGUGGGAGGCUGUAUUACAGGCUCUCCAACGAAGAGGGAUCUCAGAGGCAUCCAUAGGCGCUGUCGAUGUCGACUUCUUACAGCUGGAGAGUCUCACCGACACUAGCAGAUAUCCGUUUGCAAAACGGCGGUCUCUGCUUGAACGCAUUUUACGUCGUGUGAUCUUCCCACACAAAGAGAAAUUCCCGGAGCUGAAAUCUUCAUCGGUUGUCAAGACAUGGGAACAGAUGACCAAUCUGAGCUGGUAG